AUGUAUGUAUCGGACGCGCCCCGGGCUUGGUAUGAAGAAGCCUCCAGAAGGUUGACGUCGCUUGGAUUCGUGAAGAUUCCCCUGGACGUCUGCCCGGACCUUCGACAAUCGGUCUUAUGUGGACAAUUUGGUGGGGAUUCAGACCCAGCUAUCCGCACAAAGAUCACGGAGGACCUCCAGCAACUCUUCGAUGAGUUUGAGUUUCUUGGCGUACAGAUGGCCGACAGCCUGAUGGCGACAUCUCCUGCAGCCACCACCACUACCUCUACCUCACCACCAACUUCGGGCACUUGUGGGAGCUCUGGCUCGUAUGGGCAACUACGCAGACUUUACACCUGCGGGUCCUUACCUCCAUGCUGGCUGGAGAAGUUCCCAAGGCAACGGUGUCACGGCGCAAGCAGCAACCUUCUUAAAAGCCACCGCAAACAAUGCGAGACCACAACAGCCCUGGUAGCGUUGCAGCUACCGGGGCCUGUGUGUGUGUGUGUGCGUGUGUGUAAACGUCGGAACAUUAUCAUUUGGUAG